CUGGAUCAUUUCUAUAGAAAUAGAGAGGAAUUCAUGGCGGAUGUCAAUCUUAUUUUAAAUAACUGUAUUUUGUAUAAUGGGGAGGAACACCCAUUUUCCUUAACAUGUCAUAGUAUGGUUAAGAAAUGUGAAGAAUUGUUAAAGGAGAGUGCGGAUCAGUUUGGGAAACUAGAAGAAAACAUUGCAACAAACCCUUUUUACGACGAAAUGGACAGUGAAAGUAGGUCGUCGUACAUAGCAAGUCAGCCUCCUUCAGAGAGUGGAGAGAUGUUCAACGACAACAGUUUAGAUGAAUUUCCAAGCAUUGGUCAAAAUGAAGAGGAAACUAUGGAUAGUGUUUAUACGAAUGAGGAAAACAGUAAUCAGAGCCUUGAUCAAGUGUUUAAUACAGAGAAAUCGGAACGAGUUCACCUAAAAUCAGCUGAUGACGAUAUGGACGUUGAUGUAGUGGGAUCUGGGGAGGAGUCGUUAAAUCAAAGUAAUGUAACUAAUGAUGACGUAGAUGCAGAUGUUCUAGCUCUUGGUGAAAACAGCUUAACAUUAGAGAAGUUACUUCAAGAUCUUGAAACAUCGCCUCAACAUGAUGAAAGUGAUGACAGCGGUGAUGAUGACUUUCCAUUUGAUGAUGGUGAUGAUGAUGACGUAGAAGACGAAGGGGAUGAUGAAGGACAAGACAUAACUAUUGAGGAUAUGGAAGAUAACGGUGAAGAUACCUCAAGAGAUACCACGGAAUGAAGUUUACUAUGUCUAUAGUAAUAUAGUUUCCUUUUGUAAAUAUAAUUGCAUGGGCGUGGUCAAACUUAAAUAUAACCCGACUUUGAAUUACGUGACAUGAACACUUAACUUAGCUAAAAGUAAAAAUGCAACAUCGAGCGGUUAGUGAGGAGCCUUAGGCUUAGGCUUGCGUUAUGCGAUGCAAAUUAACGUUUAAUUUUAAGUCAUCUGUUUUUGAGUAACUUCGUGUUAAAUGCUCAGGACAGUUUGUAUCAAUCCUAAGUCAGUGCGGAGAAUGAUUUGGGACCACUGACACUGUUUUCAUGGAUUGCCUACCGCUGACGUUCUUACCGGUCGAGAUCUUAGGAUUUGGGUCGAGUAAUUAAU